AUGGAGAUCGUUGACGAAGUGCAACGGUCCGUUGCGCAGUGGGAGAACGGAGGCUCGGAAAGAUGCCUGCAAAUAACCGCCGCCCCGCAUGCAAAUCCUACUGACCCAGACUGCAGUGACGUCCUCUCAACAGUCUACCAAGCACUCAUAGUAUCCACACUCCUGAGCUGGUCCCCGAAAACGGCCCUCACUGUCGACGCUUUCAUUUUGUUUGUCCAGGCAGUCCUUGAGCGCUUCCCGUCGUCGUCUUCCACGUCGACCAAGUCGUCUUAUGUCGCUGCCUUUGGCGAGUUGCUUGUCGAUAUAUUCUGGUCCGUCGACGCGGAGCUGGAAGAGAUCUUGGCAGACAUCAGAACGGUGACAACAGCUGCUGACCAGGCGAAUCGCCAGGGUAGUGAUGCAGUCGACAAGGAUGCCGUAGCGAAGGCCGUGAAGUCGAAGCACGAUGCGGAGGCGGACAAGGCAAUGCUGGCUGGAAUUAUCCGCCGGCUACUCUCCAUCGAAGUGCUGGAUCCGGAUGUUUGCAGAGAACGAUUGGACCUGGCUCUUAUUGCUGAUGCUGGUCUGAUUGCGGACAAGAGCACGUUUGACAGGAAGGAGAUACGGACACGUACCGGCCUUUUUUACAAGCAGAACAAGUUCAACUUGCUUCGUGAGCAAUCCGAAGGCUACAGCAAGCUAGUCGUCGAGCUCACGAGCUGCUUGGGCCCUCCGCACUCAUCUGCCACUGGGCAGCCCGUGGAGUCGCGAGCAGCAAUCGAGGCCCGGGCCCGUCCGGCCUGGGAGCGCGUUGUUGGAUUGAUCGGUUAUUUCGACCUCGAUCCCAACCGUGCUCUCGACGUCAUUCUAGAUGUGUUUUCUGCGCAUCUUGCCACCCACCACAGCUUUUUCGUCUCGUUCCUGUCAUUUUCGCCAUGGGCGCCUCGCUCUAAGCCAGUCAAUUCGCCAGAUAGUGAUGAAGCCAUGGCAGUCGAUCCUGAUCCGCCGAAGUACAGAGGGAAGACACUGGACGAUGUUCUUAGUUUGGCAGAGGACCUGUCUGGUAAAUCGGCCGAGGAUCCGCAAUUGCCAGGACCGGCACACGGUAAUCCCUCUCGCGUGUUGGCGCAGGUCCUGGGGUUCAAGUUCGCGCACUAUCAGCAUUCCGAGGUCACGGAACCGGCACCGACGAGCUUAUAUCUUAUGGCUGCCAUCCUGAUCCGCGAAGACUUUAUCUCAUUGGACGAGCUUUAUCCUCACAUCGCUCCCACGGAGGAUGGGAUGGACGAGUCAUACCAACGCUACCUCGCGAAGGUUAAGGAGCGAAUAUCGAGUGCGAAACUCAGUCAGCUCGCCCUGGCUGCCCCUCUGGAAUCUACUGGCUCUGCGCCGUCGAGGUCGAGACCGACUGCUAGCCAGGAGGCAAACAAACCCAGCCAGCCUAAAGAGCUGCCGAAUCAGAAGGUCGGCCUACUCAAUGCUUUGCUCGCCAUUGGUGCUCUUCGGCCUGCUAUCGCCGUCAUGACUAAAUACCCGUGGAUUGUGGACGCGUACCCGGAGAUUGCUGAUCUGAUGCUUCGGGUUCUAAAGCACUCCAUAGGCCCGCUCUACGAGAGCCUGUUCGCAAAGGACAAAAUGCCCAACUGUGCCGUUCCUCGAGCACGGUAUGGCUCAAGCGGUGUUAUCCCUGCGCCCGAGCCGAAGCGCGUUUUGACGCUAUGGGCCCCAACGCCCCCAAGAACGAGUAGCAUACAAUUCGUGUUCUUCUUCCCGGAAUGGGUGCAACGCAUCCCAGUCUGCUCUUCCUUGGACGAUCUGGAGGACGUGGCGGAACCAUUACUGCAAUUCGUUGGGUUGCACAUCUCGCGCGAGCCAGCGUUUAUAACAAAAUUGUUGAGACUAGCCCGCAACCAUCUCGCGACGACUGCGACCUUCGACCAUAGAUCGUCGGGUGUCCUCAAUCGUGAACAUCCCAUCCAGGAGUUCUGGUAUAAGGCCCUACGCCGCUAUGUGAUCCCCGCUUUACCACUGAUCCGCGCUAAUGCGGUCUGCGCGGUGGAAGUUUGGAACAUCUUGAAGCUGUAUGAGAUCACACUACGCUGGCAGUUGUAUGGAGAGUGGAAGACGAGCAUCUACCAGUCGCAUCCAGAGCUGAGGUGUCGGCAAAUCCAGGCAGAUCGCGAGUCCAAGAGUCUCCUUCGUCGCCUCUCAAGCAACACGGUCGACUCCUUGUCUAGCUCAGUUGCCAAACUGGCGUACUCGGAUCCCUGCAUUUUCUUUGCCAAUGCUAUCAAUCAAAUCAUGGCAUAUGACAAUCUGGCAGACGUAGUCAUUUCGGCAUUGGGCUAUGUAACUCUCAUGGCGUUCGACGUGCUCUGCUACAUCACUCUAGAUGCGCUGGCGACUCCCAACAAGGAAAGACUCAAGGACGACGGUGUGAACAUCGCGGACUGGUUACAAAGUCUGGCAUCGUUCACCGGGACGCUCUUUCGCCGCUACGGUGCCGAUAUCACUGCGCUGAUCAAGUAUAUUGUGCACCAACUGCAUAAUGGACAGACGACCGAACUUAUUGUGCUACGGGAGCUCAUCUGGAAAAUGGCAGGCAUCGAGCCAUUGCCCAGCUUGUCAGACUCGCAAAUUGCAGCAAUGGCUGGUGGACCUACUCUUCGCAUCGAAGCAGUCGCCUCAACUACGCGAGGUUCACGUCUUGAACUCAAUGACAUUGCGCAGAAGGCUCCGCGACGUCUGGGAUAUAGCUUGUUGGAAACCAACCUCGCCCUGCCUCUUCUUAUCCAAGUGGCACAGCAGCGACAGGCUUGUAUCUACCAGGCCCCGAACGCGCAUCUCAAGCCGUUGGCCAGUUUGUACGAUGUGACGCAUGGUGUUCUACUUCAAUACCUCGAGUUGCUCAAUGCUCCGUCGAUCAUCUCUCCACAAGAGUAUGCCCAGAAAGUGGUGCCGCCGCUAGCAGAACUCAGCGAGAAAUAUGGCAUCUGUGCCCCCAUCUGCAUGCAGAUCGUGCGGCCAAUACUCAACGCAGCACUUUUGUCGGCUGCUUUGAAGAUGCAAGAGAAAGAGCGGAUCGCAAGCGAGGAAGCCGAGAAGCGUCUCAAGGCAGCUUUGACCGCCAAACGCGAACCCAACGCCUCUACUUCUCGUGUCGCAUCACCAAGCAUCGGUGAUUCUGCAGCGCCUGCUGAUGGCGUCUCGGAGACGAAAGCCACCAACCCCACGGAUACACCCAUGGCUGAUGCUUCCCUCGAGUCGUCAGACAGUCGGGUGAGCGUUGGGCCUGCUCCGACUGAGAAUCCAUGGCUACCUGAAUUGUAUGCUCUGUUUGACGACGUAAAGAGGAUUGCACCAGGGAAUGCCGCUGAAGUUAUUGGGCCUGGGUUCUACGUAUCUUUCUGGCAGCUUUCCACGUAUGACCUUACACCUCCUGGAGCGAGAUACGAGGAAGAGUUAGUUACGCUCCGCGCGCUUGCUCAACAAGAGGACUAUCAAGCCAAUGUAUCUGAGCGGUCGAUGGACCGGACUAAACGCCAGAACGGUAUCCAGCAUCGGGACAGACGAAGUCGAUAUACUGCUUUCGUGGAUAUGUUGGGGCGAGAGUACAAGGAGCAGACAAUUGCUCGGGCCUUCACUAUCAAACGCCUGGCUCGCGAAAAGCAACAUUGGUUCGCGCACAACCCGAAGGCUGCUGUUCUGGCAUCUUCCUUCAUUGAACAUUGUCUGCAGCCGCGAUGCUUGUUGUCACCGAUGGAUGCGGAUUUCUGCGCACAGUUCAUCAAAGUGGUCCACAUGCAAGGAACACCGGGGUUCUCUACACUCAUGUGUUAUGAUAAGAUUCUCGGGGAUCAUAUCAAGGUUGUCAUAUUCUCUUGCAGUGAAUACGAAGCGAAGAACUACGGUCGUUUCCUCCUCGGCGUCCUUACUGAUCUAUCUAAAUGGUUCAAAGACGAGCAAUCGUUCAAGCAAGACAAUCGCACGAAGAGCGGAGGAAAGAUAACUUAUCUACCGGGACUGCAGCGAAAGUGGUCGCAGAAAAACAUCGUAGCCCCAGAGGAUUUGAUUACCUGGCAUGACUACAAGACGAUCGUCAAGAAAUGGCAUCGCAAACUUUGUAGAUGUCUUCUCGACUGCAUUGAGACUGGGGAGUUCAUGCAUGUUUACAACGCGAUCAUUGUUCUCAAGGAAAUAUUGCCCGUCUUCCCUGUCGCCGCUGUUAAUGAGUUCGCUGGCAACAUGCUCCAUGUGGCGAUGGAGCGCUUCCUGGACAAGGAGACAAGAGGUGAUCUGAAGAUAUUGGGCAGAGCAUACACAGCGAGUCUUAAGAAGCGAGAACCGAUAUGGACGGCGCCGAAGCCUCAGCAGAGAGCUCCUGCCGCUAGACCUGCUAAUGGCACUGAAAAGGCUCGUGGCACCCCCUCUACACUUUCGGGCUCUCCUGAUGAUGGCCGACAGAGGGCAAAUGGGCCUCCGGCAUCAACACCCACUGCGCCGCGCGCUCAAUCAAAUGCAGUAAAUGGUUCCUCGCAUGUGUCUCAAGCUCAACUAACGUCGACGUCCACUAAGCUGGCUAUGGAGAGUAUACCGCGUCCUGAAGUUGUUAAAAGGGUGAGACCUGAGGCAAAAACCUCGGAGCAAAGACAAGACGUGGGCAUCGCUAAUGGAGCGAAGGAUGAGCCCAUGCAGGUAGACGUUAGGCGACCGGAGACCACCCCUGCAGCUCUCCCAACGGGACCUCGUGUUCCCCCGUCAGAACGUCCAUCGAGAGAUGACAAUCAGCUGCAGUCCAUUCCACCAAGCGGGCCUUCGAACAAAGAUAUAUCUCGCCUGUCCCAGAGCUCCCGACCACCUACACCUACUCAGCCUCUCGCGAAUCGCCCUACCUCUGCUCGCGACAUUCCGAAAUCACCUCGCAUGGGGCCUAUGGAUGCAAAGGCGUCCCGUUCGGAGAUUUCCCAAGUUAUGCCGCCGCCUUCCAUUCCAAGUCAGACACUUUCAGCCGAAAAGCUGAGGGAGAAUGCGAAGCAAGGCCGCGGCUCUGAAAGAUCAGACGAGAAACCUACUCAAGGACCAGUCGACCCGGUACUAGGAACCCAAGCCUGGAGAGCCGUGCUAGUGGAGGCCGCCGUUCUGCCCGUGCCGAUGGGGAUCGUGGUGACGAAAAGCGAGCAGAACGGGAUAGCCGACAAGACGCCAGGGAGCUGUCUCGCCGCGACUUGCAACCCCAUGGUCGAGAUGACCGACGACGGGAAUCUGACAGAGAGAAAGAUCCAGAUCGUGACAGAGAGAGGGGCCGCGAUAGACAUGGAGACAGAGAAAGGGUUCGCGAACGGGACCGUGAUCGCGAGCGCGACAGAGACCGCCGAGAAAGGGAGCGGGAUCGUGACCGGGACAGGGACCGGCAUCGUCGAGAUGAGAAGGACCGCGACAGAGAGAGCAGAAAGGAACGAGAUACCGUCAACCGUGGCGCGUCUGCUCUCCCACCCAUCGCGGCGCCUGUCGACGAUCGUGGUCUGCCUUCCAGGCCGGAUAUACCGCGUCAUCGCGACAUGCCGCAUCCAGAUGAAGGAAUGGGCAAGAGGCGGCGGCCCACGGACGAUGAGGCGGAAAGACCGUGAACAGGCUGAGAACGAGGGCAAGGGUCUUUCGAUUGACACGAAGUUCGGGGACAAACGCAUCCCCGAAGGGCCUGCGUCAGGCAAGUCAUUACCGCCCACAACUCCGUCUGCCCCGCGUGCAAUGGCGACUGGAGACGCUUCGCGACUAACCAGAUCCGACUCGACGUCGGGCCGUGAUAGGGAGUGGAAGCCAAGGGAUCCGCCUCCGAAUGCGCCCACCGGACCUGCGAACUCUGGCGGCGUCACCGCAACGCAGGAAGCCUCCCAUGGGUCAUUAGGUAGCUUGCGAUCGCGGAUAGGUGACAAGGAGCUUCCUAGAGCCCCUGCACAAGCCUCUUCUGACUACCGAUUGGAAGCGGGAGCAGACCGCAAGCCGGACUCGGCAAGAGAUGAAGAGCGGGAUGGCAGCAGGAAGCGGACAUUGUCAGAACGGGACAAGGAUUCGGGCGAAUCGCCGCUCAACCCCAACGAGGUUAUGGCGCAGCCUCCCAAGCGACCUCGCAUCAAUCGCAACCGUUACAGUGCCGUACCUGCCCAUGGCUUGGCCAAGAAGCUGCUCCCCAUAGACCCCCAGGCGGAAAAGACGCGUGCUGGUCGCAACAACUGA